AUGAAUAUUUUAUUAAGUUUGUUUUUGUUUGUUAUAUAUGUAUUUUAUGUUUUACCAUGUCAAACACAACCUACUAAUAGAAAAAAGCGUUUCGCAGAAAUAUGUAAAAGUGCAGAAAAUAAAAAUGAAUCGAGCGUAUACUGUAUGAAAGAUUAUAAAAUGAAAAGUUCAAUAUAUAAAUAUAAACAUCUUAUGAAUAUUUUUUUAGAUAAAUAUAAAUUAGAUAAUAAUAAUUUGGCAAUAGUUGAGAAUUGUUGCGGAGAAGUAGAGAAUUCUAUAACAUAUGGAAAUUUUUUUAAAAAGGUGUUAUCGUUUAAUCAUUCUUUGAAAACAUAUGAAGGUACAGGUAUUCCAGAAAAAAUAUAUGAUGAAGAAAAAAAUAAUGGUAAAUUUCGACUAUUAGGAUUAUAUGGUAAUAAUUCAACUAAUUGGUUAAUUACUGAUUUGGCUUGUAUGAUGAGUGGCAUUACAACAUUAGUAAUUCAAUCGAAAUUUAGUAUAGAUAUAAUUGUAGAUAUAUUAAAUAGUUCAAAAUUAGAAUGGUUAUGUUUAGACUUAGAUUUGGUUGAAGGUAUAUUAAAUCGUAAAAAUGAAUUGCCAUAUUUGAAAAAGCUAAUAAUACUAGAUAAUCUAACUAAAGGUAGUAAAAUGAACGUACAAAAUGAAGAAAAAACUAAUGGUUUAAGAAAAAGUAGUAAUAAAGGAAGUUAUAAAGAAUCUGGUAAGAGAGAAGAUACCAUUUUGGCUUCCUUAGAAUAUGAUAACGAAAAAAUAGAAAAGAUUGAUGUAUUAAAAGAAAAAGCUAAAUCAGUUGGGUUAAGUAUUAUCUUAUUUGAUAAUAUGACAGAGAAAGAAGUGAUGAAUGUUACAAUUCAAAACGAAGAUCCUGAUUUUAUUUCCUCCAUUGUGUAUACAUCUGGAACAUCUGGUAAACCAAAGGGUGCUAUGUUAAGUAAUAAGAAUUUUUAUAAUAGUGUAAUACCAAUAAGCGAUAAUAAUAUGUUAAAAGAAUAUUCUCUUAGAACACAUUUGUCAUAUUUACCUGUAUCUCAUGUGUAUGAAAGAAAUAUGGUUUUAGUGUGUUUAUUUUUGGGUAUAAAAAUUAAUAUAUGGAGUAGAGAUAUUAAAUAUCUGAAUGAUGAUAUAAGAAAUUCUCAAAGCGAAAUAAUAUUUGGGGUACCAAAAAUAUUUAGUAGAAUGUAUACAAAUAUUAUGACCGAAAUAAAUAACUUAACACGUUGCAAGAAAUGGAUAGCAAAACAGGCUAUAAAUUUACGUAAAGGUAAUAAUAAUGGAGGUUUUAGUAAAGUAGUUGAAGGUAUUACUUCUGUAUCAAGUAAAAUUAAAGAUGUGAUAAAUCCAAAUAUGAGUGUAAUUAUAAAUGGUGGUGGAAAAUUAUGUCCAAAUAUUGCUGCUGAGUUAAGUGUUUUACUAAAUAUUAAAUAUUAUCAGGGGUAUGGAUUAACAGAACUUACUGGUCCCAUUUUUUUACAAGAUGUAGAAGAUGAUAACACUGAAAGUAUGGGAGUACCUGUUUCUCCUAGCACAAAAUAUAAGGUAAGGACAUGGGAAACAUAUAAAGCAACUGAUAUAUUACCUAAAGGUGAAUUAUUAAUUAAAAGUGAUUCUGUGUUUAGUGGAUACUUUUUAGAAAAGGAAUGUACACAAAAUUCUUUCACAAAAGAUGGUUAUUUUAAAACAGGAGAUAUUGUACAAAUUAAUGAUAAUGGUUCUUUAACAUUUUUAGAUAGAUCUAAGGGUUUGGUUAAAUUAUCUCAAGGGGAAUAUAUAGAAACUGAUAUGUUAAAUAAUUUGUAUACACAAAUUCCAUUUGUAAAUUUUUGUGUCGUAUAUGGUGAUGAUUCUAUGGAUGGACCAUUGGGAAUAAUAUCUGUGGAUAAGUCUUUACUUUUUACAAGUUUAAAGAAUGAUAAUAUGUUAGAAAAAACUCGAGUUACUGAAAAGAAUUAUUCAGAAAAAUUAAUUGAUGAAACAUUAAAUGAGACUAUUUAUAUUGAUUAUGUAAAGAAGAAAAUGAUGGACAUUUAUAAAAAAACUAAUUUAAAUAGAUAUAAUAUAAUUAAUGACAUAUAUUUAACAUCUAAACAAUGGGAUACGAAUAAUUACCUUACUCCAACAUUAAAGAUAAAACGAUUCAAUGUAUUUAAAGAUUUUUCUUUUUAUAUAGAUGAAAUUAAAAAGAAAUAUGAAGACAAAUUAAAAGGAAAUAGUAGUUGUAGUAUGAAUAAUGGUAAAAAUGGAGAACAAUCAGAAGAAAAUAAAAAUGGAAAUAACAAUCAAAAAAACAAUCAAAAUAAGGGAACAUCCAAAUCACAUUUGAAUGAUUUAAAAGAAGAUGAAUUAAAAUCUGAAGAAGAUGAUGUUCUAGAAGAAGUUCAAAUCGCACUUAGAAAGUUCGAAGACAAGAACAUAUCUCAAGCACAUCAAAAAGCAUUAAGAAAAUAUAGUGCAACAUCUAUGCGAAAGGAAAUAGAUCGAUCAUUAUUAAAUAAUAAUGAAAAUGAUAAUGACGUAAAUGGGAAAAGAAAAAUAAUACAAACUUCACCAGAAGAACAACAAGUAAAUGCAUAA